CAGUCCGGAUUCAGACAUUUUUUUUUCCCCUUUCCUCAAAUGCAGUUCGCUUCUCUGCUACAGAUUGAGUUGCAGCGAGGGACCUUGGGAAACUGGAGCAGGAUGAGAGAUUGCAGGGGAGCCGGACACAAGGCUAGCCAGUGAGGAAGUGCUCCCAAUACCAACACCAUCUCCUCACCCCCCUACUACUUUCCUCUCACUCCCCCAACAGCACGCCACAGGCUCGGAGUCGCUUUCUGGGCUGCAACCUUCGCUUUUACAACUAUAUCGGGAAGCUUUUAAAAAGAGAACGACUCACAAUGGAACUGAGUAAAUAAGCUGAGCGAUUCAGGAAAGGAGCAGCGUUGGGUAGUGUUUGUUUCUGCCUCUGCUCUCUAUUCCCACCCCUCCAGACACAAGGCAAGGAGAAGGAGGUGGUGGAUUAUUUUAAAAUAUAUGUAUAUAUUUUUUUCAAGCGAUUUCAAAGCGUGAACCUAACACCAGAGUGUGACUUGGAGAGAUUCCCGGAUAUCUCUCUCUCUCUGUCACACAUACACACAUACACACCUCCCAGAAAGCUGUGACCGAGCGAGUGAGGGAAGAGUAAGCAGCCUCCGGGACUGACGAGCGGGGCUACUGCUGCGAACUGGAGCCGAAGGACAGGAUGUCAUCUCAAGCAAAAUUCAAAAAGGACAAAGAAAUCACCACGGAAUACGAGACCCAGGUCAAAGAAAUCCGAGCCCAGUUGGCGGAGCAGCUCAAGUGCCUGGAGCAGCAGUCGGAAUCCCGCCUCCAGCUUCUUCAGGAUCUGCAGGAAUUUUUCCGCAGGAAGGCAGAGAUUGAGGUGGAGUACUCACGGAGCCUGGACAAACUGGCAGAAAGAUUUGCAGCGAAGAUCCGCAGCUCCAAGGAGCACCAGCAAUUCAGGAAAGAGCAACAUCUCCUCUCCCCAGUGAACUGCUGGUACCUGGUCCUCAACCAAACCCGUCGAGAGAGCAAGGACCAUGCCACACUAAAUGAUAUCUACACAAACAACAUCAUUGUCCGCCUAAUGCAGAUCAGUGAAGAUGUGAUCCGGCUCUUCAAAAAGAGUAAAGAAAUUGGCCAACAGAUGCAUGAGGAGCUGCUAAAGGUCACCAAUGAGCUGUACACUGUCAUGAAGACGUACCACAUGUACCAUGCGGAGAGCAUCAGUGCGGAGAGCAAGCUGAAGGAGGCAGAGAAGCAGGAAGAGAAGCAGUUCAGCAAAUCGGGAGAUAUCAGCGUGAACCUGCUCCGACAUGAGGACAGGCCGCAGCGUCGCAGCUCCGUCAGGAAGAUCGAGAAGAUGAAGGAGAAGCGUCAAGCCAAGUAUUCGGAAAACAAGCUGAAGUGCACCAAAGCCAGAAACGACUACCUGCUUAACCUAGCAGCGACAAAUGCUGCAGUGGCCAAAUACUACAUCCACGAUGUCUCGGACCUGAUUGAUUGCUCUGAUUUGGGAUUCCAUGCCAGCCUGGCCCGCACAUUCAGGACCUUCCUGUCAGCAGAAUAUAACCUGGAGACGUCUCGACACGAGGGGCUGGAUAUCAUUGAGAAUGCUGUAGACAACCUGGACGCCCGGAGUGACAAGCACAAGGUCAUGGACAUGUACAACCAGAUCUUCUGCCCGCCCACCAGGUUUGAAUUCCAGCCGCACAUGGGCGAUGAGGUCUGUCAGGUGAGUGCACAGCAGCCAGUGCAAACGGAGCUUCUCAUGAGGUACCACCAGCUGCAAUCCCGCCUGGCCACCCUCAAGAUCGAGAACGAAGAGGUCAGGAAGACAUUGGACGCAACCAUGCAAACCCUGCAGGACAUGCUAACAGUAGAGGACUUUGACGUGUCUGAUGCGUUCCAUCACAGCCGAUCCACCGAGUCAGUCAAAUCUGUUGCCUCCGAGACCUACAUGAGCAAACUUAACAUCGCCAAGAGGCGAGCCAACCAGCAGGAGACUGAGAUAUUCUACUUCACGAAAUUUAAGGAAUACUUGAAUGGAAGUAACCUGAUCACAAAGCUGCAAGCCAAGCACGACCUAUUAAAGCAAACACUAGGGGAAGGUGAGAAGGCUGAAUGUGGGACUUCAAGGCCCCCAUCGCUUCCCCCUAAGCCACAGAAAAUGAGGAAGCCUAGGCCUCGCUCACAGUAUAAUCAUAAAUUGUUUAAUGGCGAUAUGGAGACAUUCAUACAGGAUUCUGGACAACCCAUCCCACUAGUGGUGGAGAGCUGCAUUCGGUUCAUCAAUCUCUAUGGCUUACAACAGCAGGGCAUUUUCCGUGUUCCAGGCUCUCAGAGUGAAGUCAAUGACAUCAAGAAUGCUUUUGAGAGAGGUGAGGACCCCCUCGUGGAUGAUCGCAAUGAGCAUGACAUCAACUCAGUCGCUGGGGUCCUGAAGCUGUACUUCCGUGGCCUGGAAAACCCACUCUUCCCCAAGGAGAGGUUCCUGGAUUUAAUCUGCUCUAUCAAGAUCGAGAGUGCCAUUGAGAGGACUCACCACCUCCAGCAGAUCAUAGUGACCCUCUCACGGACAGUCAUCAUCGUGAUGCGAUAUCUCUUUGCCUUCCUCAACCAUCUGUCCCAGUACAGUGAUGAGAACAUGAUGGACCCCUAUAACCUGGCCAUCUGCUUCGGCCCCACCUUGAUGCCAAUCCCUGACGGCCAAGACCCCGUCUCCUGCCAGGCACACGUCAACGAGGUCAUCAAAAGUAUCAUUGUGAACCACGAGGGGAUAUUCCCAAGUCACAAGGAGCUGGAAGGACCGGUGUACGAGAAGUGUAUGACAGGAGGCGAGGAAUACUGUGACAGUCCUCACAGCGAGCCUGGUGCCAUUGAUGAAGUAGACCAUGACAAUGGCACUGAACCCCACACCAGUGACGACGAAAUGGAGCAGAUCGAAGCCAUCGCUAAGUUUGACUAUGUCGGCCGAUCGCCCCGGGAGUUGUCGUUUAAGAAAGGAGCAUCACUACUGCUGUACCACCGGGCAUCCGAGGAUUGGUGGGAAGGACGGCACAAUGGAUUGGAUGGUCUAAUACCCCAUCAGUACAUAGUGGUACAGGACAUGGACGAUGCCUUCUCGGACAGCCUGAGCCAGAAGGCAGACAGUGAGGCCAGCAGUGGCCCGCUUCUGGAUGACAAGGCCUCUUCGAAGAAUGACCUCCAGUCCCCAUCCGACCACUUGCCAGAGUUUUCCUUCGGUGGAAUCCUGGGCAGGGUACGGUUGAGGUCUGAUGGCGCUGCGAUUCAGCGACGUCGCAGUGGUGGGGAUGCUCACAGUCCAGUCAGAGGAUCAGGGCCGGCCAUCGACACACCUCCCCGGGCCGCAGCAUGCCCCAGCAGCCCCCACAAGAUCACCGUCAACCGGGGCCGGAUGGAGAGCCCGGAGAAAAGGCGCCUGGCCACCUUCGGGAGUGCCGGCAGCAUCAAUUAUCCCGACCGGAAGAACCUCGGAGACUGUCAACCCGUGAGGCAGACGUCUGCAUCCACUCGCCACAGCAGUCUCGGAGAUCACAAGGCCCUGGAGACGGAAGCACUGGCUGAGGCUCUCGUGAAUGAAAAGGGAUCAGAACCAACCAUCACAUGAAUGGAACGCGAUGCUUAGGGGAGCAGUGAGAAGUUUUGAGAGACAACUGAUGACUUUUAGACAUGGGUUCUGUACAAAAAUGUAAUGCACUUUCGCGAACUAAAGGCUGUGGAAGAGAGGGCAGUCCAUUGCAUCUUUUAGGAUUGUCAGAUAUUGCCAACCUAUUGUGACAAAGCAAGGCCAGACCCCAUCAUAUGCAGCAGCCAGGGCAAGCAGGAAGAGUACAUAACAUGUGUAAGGACUGGCACGUGUGGAAUGAAACUUGUCAGCAGGUUGAACUAAACCCAGCACCCAUCUUCCCGAUUCGCCCUAGACCUGAAUAUGAUUAGGCUUCUGGCUUCCAAAGGCGGCCAACUGAGGUGUUGGUAGGAGAUCUAAGCAAUGGUUAGUGAGGCAUUAUAGCCACCAUCCAAACAGCAGAGUGUGAGCCUGAGAGAGGACACAAAGCCUGGUCCCCAUGUUCACCCUGCUGCCACUGGCCAAAGAAUCUCAACGUUGCCUCAGAAACCUAGAAGAGGUGCAUCCAUGCUCUCACUCUUGUCUGACCACUCACUGUGCUACUGGGAUCCUGUGCUACCAAAACCCACCAAGUAUUGAGUCUGUGGGUGAAACGUCACAGUGGAUCUUGCCAAGUAAAUAUGUUCAUAAACCUUUCAUCAUCCAUCCAGUCAUUCCACCUCCAACUCUCCCUUGCCUCCACAUAGCCACCUUCAAGUGCUUAAAGGAUUGAGAUUCUUAGUGCUGUUCCUAUCUGCACCAUGUAGAAUAAGCACCCAAUUAGAUGCAGACUCUAGGUCACCAGAUUGAAUAAAUGAUUCUUAACUACUGGCCAAAUGGCACUUUCUCCCUGUUUAUAACACAAACUGUUAUGAAAACAGUCAAAUGGCUUAAUGAUUACUCUCCACUAGAUUUUUUUUUCUUCGUAGCAUCCAAGACAUGAAUCCUAUUGUCUAAAAACUCCUGAAGGGUUGGCAUCCCAACACUGUUCCCACUCCCUAGAAUCAGCCUCAUAUGGGUUUGGGGGGGUGCGGGGGGAGCAGGGUUGCUGUUGGUGGAGGCCUCUCUACAAGGUACACUGGCUACCGCAUGUUAUCAUGUACCUUGUCCUGUAUAUUCUGUACUCAAUAAAUGUAAAUGCUUGAUAAACUGCUUGUAACCAAAAGACAUGCAAUAAAAUUUGU